AUGUCCCAUUUCAACAAAGCCGAGCAAGAUGACUGGAUGACUGUUUAUCUGAAGUAUCUCUUGUUUGUGUUUAAUUUCUUCUUCUGGGUGGGUGGUGCUGCAGUGAUGGCUGUUGGCAUAUGGACCCUUGUUGAAAAAAGCGACUAUCUGAAUAUCCUGGCAUCUAGCACAUUUGCCGUGUCUGCAUACAUCCUGAUCUUUGCUGGAGGUCUUGUGAUGAUUACAGGUUUUCUGGGAUUCUGUGCAAUCAUCAGGGAACAAAGGAGCUGUCUUUCCGCAUAUUUCUCCAUGCUCCUCUUGAUCUUCCUUAUUGAGCUGGUUGCUGGAGUUCUUGCCUAUGUUUACUAUCAAAGGCUAAGUGAGGAGCUGAAACCGCACCUGACCCAGACCCUGACUGAGAAUUAUGCUCUUCCUGGGAAAACACACAUCACCCAUUCCAUCGAUCGCCUGCAGCAAGACUUCAAAUGCUGUGGCAGCAAUAGCUCCGCUGAUUGGCAGCACAGUGUCUAUAUCCUGUCUGUAGAGUCCAGUGGCCGAGUGGUACCAGAUAGCUGCUGUAAAACAGUCACCUUCAAAUGUGGGAAGAGGGAUCAUCCAUCUAACAUUUACAAGGUGGAGGGAGGAUGCAUUACUAAACUGGAACAGUUCCUGGCAGAUCACCUUUUGAUAAUGGGAGCUGUUGGCAUAGGAGUAGCUUGCCUUCAGAGACAGGCAGGCAGGCAGUCUGGAUGGGCUCUGAGGUGGUACCGAGAUAUUUCUGAGUGCACACAUCAUAACGCCAUAGAGGCUAACCCAAUCCUCAUGGGCACUGUUAUGUGA